AUGCAGCCCCACUCUCCGGCCGCAUGCGAUAAGAGCGAACUCAGCACUGACCGGAAAAGAAGGUACUUGGCUCCGCCGGCGUUUCCGAAACUGAGGAAGAAUUUAAACCCGAGGCUGACCACGGAUACUGCGAGCGAACAGGGUGGAGACGACGCAAGACAGCGCUCAGAUGCGGAUGUCAUUGAGUCCACGGCCAUCAAGGAAAUUCAACGGGAGAACCAGCUUCUGAAGGUCUGCGGAGAAGCACACGUCAUUCGUCGGCUCCAAACGGAAAAGAAGCACCUACAAGAAUCUCUCCUCCAAGCUGAGGCUGCUCGCCUGCGCGACUCCUGGGUGACCAAAACGGCUCAGGCAGUGGCCGCAGCGGAGACGAGGCUGCGACGGUCCUACGAGGAAGCUGCGAAAAAGAGAGAAGCACAACACGCAUCUGAGAUAGCGACGUUGCGGAUUGCUCUGGAUGAAGCGGAGAAACGUUUGGAGUGGGCCGAGGCGGCGCACGCUCAAGCUAAAGCUGAUGCUCAGCGGGAAAAACAGAAAGUGGUGCGGGCGACAGCCGAGUGCGAAGUGACUGAACGGGCCCCGCGGGGCAUUCACGAGAUCACGCGGACGCAGGCUGCGCGAAAGCACGGAGUUGCAGAAGCAAACGGGGCCACCACACGAUCUCCGGCAGCUCUCACUGACGAGAACAGAGAGGGUGCGGAGUUCGAGGGAGCGUCUGCCGAGCAGGAACAGCUGAUCAGAACUCCCGAAGAAGAGACGCGACAGCUCCGUGAAGAACUGAGUGCGCUGAGAGUGACGCUUCAGGAGGCCGCCAGAUUGACAGAAGCGGGGAAGGAGGAUCGCAAACAGCUUGCAGCCGCUCGAGAGGAGAUCGCGCAGCUGAGGGAGCGUUACGAAGCCGAGCAGAAACGGCGGCAGGAGCUCGAAGAGACAAAAUCCCUCUUAGCCACGGGGGGAACCCCUCCGCACUCAAGCGCAGCGAGGCCCGGUGACCAUGCAGGUCGAGCUGCCCUCCACUCGAACUCGAGUUGGCGAAAACAUCUGCAUCAACUUCGCAAGCUACGCACUGCUGAAGACGUGGCGUUGCUGAAGGCGACACUAGCGGCGCACAGGGUGGGAAUUGCCCCUCACGUACUCAUCCGAGACCGGCUUGCCCUCUCUCAACGAGGCCCCGCCGACGCAGGGAAGGAGUCGAGACAAGCGCAGUCAGAAAACCCUGCAGGCGCGCAAGUCUCUCCUCCGAGCGGCUCCCACUCGGUUUCGCCAAGCAACGGACCCAGCAUAGGCCUGGGUAAAUGUCCCCGCUCCACAGAACCUCCUGGAGAUAAGUGA